AUGGCAACGGAGGAGGUAUUCCCAGAAGAUACUCCAGAACUAGAAGAACAGUUCAAACUACAAGACGGAGAUGGAAUUGUACCGGAAUUGCGGAAGCGGGCUUCUUUCGAGCAGUUCCAAUCUUGGCUUCGUGAUCUAGAAUCGUAUUUCAAGUGUAAUCAGGUAUACGAACCUGAGAAAAAGUACUCCAUUCUAAUGAUACAUGGAGGCCCCUUCCUAAAUGAGAUAGCAAGAACUAAGAAACUGGCGGAGAGAGGGGAAUACCCUAUCUACAAAGGCGAAGAGGAACAGAUAAAACGAGAUGAGGCAAGAAAACUACGAGACAAGCACAGAAAAGGGACAGUAGAUGUCUAUGAAGACACAAAGAAGAUUUUAGUAGACAACUUCGUUCCAAACUCGAAUGAAAUCGUAGAGAGGAUGAAAUUCCUAGCAACCGAGCCGAGAAUAGGCGAGUCAGAUGAAGCCUUCCUUAACAGACUGAUUGAGAAUUCAAUGUUUUGUGGGUACGAUAAUGGAUACAGUUCAGAAGAUGCAAUAGUGGAGCAGUUCAUGGAGAAAUGUAUUUGGUGUAACCUAAAAACCCGACUUGCUUUUGAGUCUAAGUUGACGAUAAGUAAGAUACUAGAAAUAGCAGACGAUAUGAGCAGGAGAAUGCCCCCUGGAGAGGAUCUGCGGUUUCAGAUGCCUGGAGAGAGUGAACUGCAAGCAUUUCCCAUCACCCACUCACUAGAACGAACGAAAGGAAACAUAUACAAGCCAUACAAGCUGGAAGAUUUCUAUGAUAAAAACAGUGUGGAGACUGUCCCUGAUCCGGAAGUGCCUUGUUUACAUUGUGAGACAAAGGGACAUGUUCCCCAGUUCUGUAUAUUGAAGGACAAGCACCCAAAUAAUUUAUUAGAGGACUCUGAACCAGAGGACGCUGGACUAGAUGACGUCAUCUAG